AUGGCAGAUUGUGGUCUGACCUCAGCUUCAAAUAGUUCAGACACGGAUGGAAAUCAGACGAAACAGAACUCUUCAGUACCCCUCUCAGAAGUUCCCCCUGAAGUGACCCUGUUUCUAAGCAGGAAUAGAACUGCGGUGUGCAAGGCAGUAGCAGGGAAGCCAGUUGCACGCAUCUCCUGGACCCCAGAGAGGGAUGAUUGUGACACUAAGGAAGACUGUUUGGCCAAUGGCACAGUGACUGUCCAGAGUACAUGUGCCUGGGAGGACCUCAAUGUGACUACUGUGACCUGCUCUGUCUCCCAUUUGACUGGUAACAAGAGUCUGUGCAAAAAGCUGCCUUCUGAUACCAACCGAUUAGCAAACUUACGUAUUAUUAUUAUUAUCCUCAUUGUUUUGAUUUUGAUCAUCGUGGGAUCCUUUGGGUUUUUGAAAAUCAAUUGCUGCAGAAAAUGUAAAGUGAACAAAACAGAAGCUCCUCCAGUUUUUGAAGAGGAUGAAAUGCAGCCUUAUGCCAGCUACACCGAGAAAAAUAAUCCACUCUAUGAUACUACAAACAAGGUGAAGAUGCCUCAAGAAUUACAAAAUGAAGUUGAUUUAACGGGGCUCCAUACUUUAUAAAUUACUGGAAUCCAGCA